AUGGAGCCAGGAGGGGGCUCCUCAACACCCCCGGCCCCCAAUGCCACCAUGGAGGAGCCAGAUGCUGGGCGUAAUAACUCCUCCCUGGAGCAACCAAGCACAGACCCAGGGAAGCUCCCAGCGCUCCCUGUCGGGCCUGGAACUCACUACAGGGAGCCUGCCUCUGGGAGCCCUGGCAGCCAGGCCUCUGCUGGGGACAUGAGCUCAGUGGGUGAGGCCAGCAGCUCUAAGAUCCCUAACCGGGACAGCGGGAUAGACAGCCCAUCCUGCAGCGUGGUCGGCGAGCACUUCUGUGAGGACAGCGGUGAGGCGGGCCCAGGUACCAUCAUCAAAGGGCCACACCUGGGGACAGCCCUGGGCGGCAAGUCUCCACAGGAGGAGGCUGAUAGCGAUGCAGGCGAGGGCAGCAGUGAGGAGCCAGACCCCGAGAACAACCCUUCUAAGGUUGACACGGAUCCAGCCAAGUGCUCUGAGCCUCAGAAGUUGCUCCACAUUGCCCAGGAGCUCCUGCACACGGAGGAGACCUAUGUGAAGCGGCUGCACCUGCUAGACCAGGUUUUCUACACCCGGCUGACGGAAGCGGGGAUCCCUUCAGAAGUCACCACAGGCAUCUUUUCUAAUAUCUCCUCCAUCUAUCGCUUCCACGGGCAGUUCCUCCUGCCUGAGCUGCAGGCGCGGAUCACGAAUGAGUGGGAUGCGAACCCCCGACUUGGAGACAUCCUGCAGAAGCUGGCCCCGUUCCUCAAGAUGUAUGGUGAAUAUGUCAAGAACUUUGAUCGGGCUAUGGAGCUGGUGAGCACCUGGACCCAGCGCUCACUGGUAUUUAAAGACAUUGUCCAAAGCAUCCAGAAGCAGGAGAUGUGCGGAAACCUGACCCUGCAGCACCACAUGCUGGAGCCCGUGCAGAGGGUCCCCCGCUAUGAGCUGCUGCUCAAGGACUAUCUGAAGAGGCUCCCAGAGGAUGCCCCAGACUGGAAGGAUGCAGAGAGGUCCUUGGAGCUCAUCUCCACAGCUGCCAACCACUCCAACGCUGCCAUUCGGAAAAUGGAGAAAAUGCACAAGCUUUUGGAAGUGUACGAGAGACUGGGUGGGGAGGAGGACAUCGUCAACCCUGCGAACGAGCUGAUCAAGGAGGGCCACAUCCAGAAGCUGUCGGCCAAGAAUGGCACCACCCAGGACCGCCACCUCUUCCUGUUCAACAGCAUGAUCCUUUACUGUGUGCCCAAACUGCGGCUUAUGGGCCAGAAGUUCAGUGUCCGGGAGAAGAUGGACAUUUCCGGCCUCCAGGUGCAGGAUAUCGUCAAGUCAAGUGCAGCCCACACAUUCAUCAUAACUGGAAAGAAAAGAUCCCUGGAGCUACAAACUCGGACAGAAGAGGAGAAGAAAGAAUGGAUUCAGGUCAUUCAAGCCACCAUUGAGAAGCACAAGCAGAACAGCCAGACUUUCAAGGCCUUCAGUGGCUCCUUCAGCCAGGAUGAGAAUUCCCCCCUCACUCCAGAAUCCCCUAUGAUGAGCCCCAGCUCCGAGAUGCCCGCGGUGCCAGCCAACAGUGGAGGGGGAGCUUCAGGGUCUGAGCCCAGGAGAGGGUCCUCUAAGACCAGACGUGACAAGGAGAAGCAGGGCUGCAGCAGCUGUGGUGAGACCUUCAACUCCAUCACCAAAAGGAAACACCACUGCAAGCUGUGUGGGGCGGUCAUCUGUGCGAAGUGCUCUGAGUUCAAGGCUGAGAAUGGCAGGCAGAGCCGUGUCUGCAAAGAGUGUUUCCUGACCCAGCCAGUGGCCCACUUGAGCCUCAGCCUUGAGGAGCCCCUGGAGCCCAAGCAGAGCACAGAGAAGCCAGUCGCUGCGGACCCCCCACCCAGCCUGCUCUGCGGCCCCCUGCAGGUGUCAGAUGGCGGCACAGCAUGGAGCAAGGCGUGGGCUGCCAUCUCUGAGUCGGACUCCCUGGAGUUGGUGCUGCACCUCCACGGAGGCAGCCAGGACGGCCAGCUGCUCCAUGCCAUCCCCCUCUCCGGCUGCAGGCUGAGUGUGCUGGAGCCUUCAGAGAGACUGGAUGCCAGGCACGUGUGGCAGCUGCAGCAGGCCCAGCAGUCUUUGUACCUGAGCGCCCCGUCUGCCGAGCUGCAGCAGCAGUGGCUGGAGGCUCUCAGCUCAGCAGCCCAUGGGCGUUCAUCCCAGGCCAGCCUGGAGGCCCAGCAGCCCCAGGCUCCAGCUGCCCCAUGA